GUAUGUUGCAGUGUGAGCCAGGAACAGUGAGGGAUCAGACAGGGAUAUUCCGUCUGUUCUGUCACGAGUGUCAGAGAGUGUUCCACGACCGCCUCAUCAACAACGAAGACAAAACCUACUUCAACACCAUCGUCUCUGAGAUGGCCAGUAAGAACAUAACACAGAGUUUAAUAGAACCUAGACGGCCAGUAAGAACAUAACACAGAGUUUAAUAGAACCUAGACGGCCAGUAAGAACAUAACACAGAGUUUAAUAGAACCUAGACGGCUAGUUUGAACCAUCAGAGUUUUGCCUCUCACUAAGCAGUGUUUUGACACAUUAAGUUUGAAAGCCAUUUCAAUUUCCUUGUCUAAAAUGUCACACAAUUGUUGAGCUAUGAAUAGCAACUCUUUAAAUAUAUUUCCGUUCUUCUUUCUCUUUCAGGCAAAUAUUUUGGCUUCAAUUUAGAACCCAAUUACUUUGUGACCAAACCCAUCAUAUUUGGAGAUUUCAUCAAGGUAAAAUGCAUUAUAAGCCUAUAAAUCCAAUCAAUUUCCCAGGUGCUCAAAGCGCUUAACAUUUACGGCAUCCAUCUACCUAUCUCGCAAUCCUCCCUCCCUCCCUCCCUCCCCAUUCAUUCCUCCCUCCCUCCCCUCCCUCCCUCCCCUCCCUCCUUCCCUCCCUCCCCAUUCAUUCCUCCCUCCCUCCCCUCCCUCCUCCCUCCCUCCCCAUUCCUCCCUCCCUCCCUCCCCAUUCCUCCCUCCCUCCCCUCCCUCCUUCCCUCCCUCCCCAUUCCUCCCUCCCUCCCUCCCUCCCCAUUCCUCCCUCCCUCCCUCCCUCCCCAUUCCUCCCUCCUUCCCUCCCCUCCCUCCCUCCCCAUUCCUCCCUCCUUCCCUCCCCUCCCUCCCUCCCCAUUCCUCCCUCCCUCCCUCCUCCCCUCCCUCCCUCCCUCCCUCCCUCCCUCCCUCCCUCCCCUCCCUCCUCCCUCCCUCCCUCCCUCCCUCCUCCCCCCUCCCUCCCUCCCUCCCUCCCUCCCUCCCUCCCUCCUCUCCCUCCCUCCCUCCUCUCCUCUCCUCUAGGUGGGAGCAGAGAAGGCAGAUCGUCUGUAUGAGGACCUAACAGACCCAGAUAAGAUCAGGGCUGUACUCCAGGACUACCUGGAUGACUACAACAUGACCUUCUCCAAGGAGACCAAGCUAGUCUUCUUCCAGGACGCUGUAGAACAUGUCUCCAGGUGAUUGUACAGUCUGAAAUGGAACCCUAUUCCUUAUGGAACUCACUAGGGUGCAUCCCAAAUUUCACCCUAUUCCCUAAUCAGUGCAGUGAGUGCAUUCGAAAUCGCACCCUAUUCCCUAUAUAGUGAACUGAUUAGCAUCCUUAAUGACAUCCUAUUCCCUAUAUAGUGAACUGAUUAGCAUCCUUAAUGACACCCUAUUCCCUAUAUAGUGAACUGAUUAGCAUCCUUAAUGACACCCUAUUCCCUAUAUAGUGAACUGAUUAGCAUCCUUAAUGACACCCUAUUAAGUUAAUUUGUGGAAUUUCUUUCCUUCUUAAUGAGUUUGAGCCAAUCAUUUGUGUUGUGACAAGGUAGGGGGGUAUACAGAAGAUAGCCCUAUUUGGUAAAAGACCAAGUCCAUAUUAUGGCAAGAACAGCUCAAAUAAGCAAAGAGAAACGACAGUCCAUCAGUACUUUAAGACAUGAAUGUCAGUCAAUCCGGAAAAUUUCAAGAACUUUGAACGUUUCUUCAAGUACAGUUGCAAAAACCAUCAAGCGCUAUGAUGAAACUGCCUCCCAUGAGGACCGCCACAGGAAAGGAAGACCCAGAGUCACCUCUGCUGCAGAGGAUAAGUUCAUUAGAGUUACCAGCCUCAGAAAUUGCAGGCCAAAUAAAUGCUUCACAGAGUUCAAGUAACAGACACAUCUCAACAUCAACUGUUCAGAGGAAACUGCUUGAAUCAGACCUUCAUGGUGGAAUUGCUGCAAAGAAACCACUACUAAAGGACACCAAUAAGAAGAACAGACUUGUUUGGGCCAAGAAACACAAGUAAUGGACAUUAGACCGGUGGAAAUCUGUCCUUUGGUCUGAUGAGUCCAAAUUUGAGAUUUUUGGUUCCAACCGACGUGUCUUUGUGAGACGCAGAGUAGGUGAACGGAUGAUCUCUGCAUGUGUGGUUCCCACCGUGACGCAUGGAGGAGGAGGUGUGAUGGUGUGGUGGUGCUUUGCUGGUGACACUUGUCAGUGAUUUAUUUAGAAUUCAAGGCACGCUUAACCAGCAUGGCUACCACAGCAUUCUGCAGCGAUACGCCAUCCCAUAUGGUUUGCGCUUAGUGGGACUAUCAUUUGUUUUUCAGCAGGACAAUGACCCAACACACCUCCAGGCUGUGUAGGGGCUAUUUUACCAAGAAGGAGAGUGAUGGAGUGCUGCAUCAGAUGACCUGGCCUCCACAAUCACCCGACCUCAACCCAAUUGAGAUGGUUUGGGAUGAGUUGGACCGCAGAGUGAAGGAAAAGCAGCCAACAAGUGAUCAGCAUAUGUGGGAACUCCUUCAAGACUGUUGGAAAAGCAUUCCAGGUGAAACUGGUUGAGAGAAUGCCAAGAGUGUGCAAAGUUUUCAUCAAGGCCAACGGUGGCUACUUUGAAGAAUCUAAAAUAUAAAAUAUAUUUUGAUUUGUUUUUGGUUACUACAUGAUUCCAUAUGUGUUAUUUCAUAGUUUUGAUGUCUUCACUAUGAUUCUACAAUGUAGAAAAUAGUAAAACUAAAGGAAAACCCUUGAAUGAGUGGGUGUGUCCAAACUUUUGACUGGUACUGUAUGUAUUUUUAUUAUGCUUCAAUUUGUUAAAUUGCUUACUUCCUAACCCCGCCCCUCUGUUCCUAUAGGAUAGCGCGUAUGAUCCGGCAGGAGCGAGGUAACGCCCUAUUGGUAGGCGUGGGGGGCACGGGGAAACAGUCACUGACGCGGCUGGCGGCCCACAUGUGCGGUAUGCGCUGCUUCCAGAUAGAACUGAGCCGAGGUUAUAACUACGACAGCUUCCAUGAAGACCUGAGACGACUGUUCAAGAUGGCUGGGGUGGAGGGCAAGGACAUGGUGUUCCUCUUCACUGAUACA